AUGGGCUUUUGGGACGAAGAUAAGCUUCUUGUGAACAAUGACACCGUUCCGCUGCCUGUAAACAGCCUUAUUGCCUUAAACGACUUACUAGAAAGCCGCCUUGGUAUUCGUGAGGAUGUUCUUGUUGUGGUAGCGUGGCUGCGCAAGUACAAGAUUGAGCCAGAACGUGUGGUGCUGUCGAUGAGAAAGAUUUUGCUCCAUUUCAGAAUCAUCAAUAGCGUGAACUUAAACGAGCUUCAUGUCCAGAUGUUGAAGGAGGUGAUGAUGUACUUGGAGUACUGGUUGGGGCAGCUCUGUCCGGUCUGCAAGGAAGGAACUCUGUGGGUGGGCAAGAUGUGCUAG